AACAACAGAAACAGUUCACCUUCUUGGGCUGCCUGUGUAACGAAUUGCAUUCUGGGAAAAUCUGACUGUGAKGGACUGGUAACUAGGUUCAAAAUGGCGGCAAAUGAUGAACAAAGAGAGUCAAGARUGAGUUGAAAAAUAACUGAUUAAUAAGGAUUAAUAUUAUCURAACACCAAGGAUUGGAUGUYAUAACCUCAUCGAGAACUGUUUGUUCGAGACAUCUGUGUAUUAAUGUUGUGAAUCUACAAAAUAAUCGAGGAUAAAGAAUUCGUUUUUAAAAUGGCAUCAUCAACUUCUAAGGUUGCUGAGAUAUUCACGGCAGCAGGGGAAGCGUUUGCAAGGCUGGGUGACCUCACAAUGCAGCUUCAUCCUUUGGGUGAUUCAACUUCUUCGCAUUCAGGCAACAGUGAGAAAUGGGGAGAAAAGGAAAUAGAAAUGCUGAGAACUGCAGUGACAAAAUUUGGAGACGACCUUAAGGAAAUAAGUGAACAUAUCAAGACAAAAUCAGUGGCUCAGAUUAAAACAGCGCUAAARAAGAGAAGCCACCCAGUUGAGUCUGGUACCCCAAAGAAAAAAGGAUCUUCUACGAAGACACCAACUAUAGGCAGUACAAAAAAUGCACCAAAAACAAAAAAGCAGAAAAUUACAGAUAAUCAACCAGAGCAAAAACCAGAGCCAUUAAACCCCCAAACCUUUCCUUCAUCGUCUGUCAUGCUGUCAGACUCGGCACUCAAGAACAUUGAUAUGGAGGUACCAUCAGUAAUGUUCAACAACAGUGAACAAGAAUCUGUUUUCCCAGACAUACAAUCAGGGCUCUAUCCUCUUGAAAGACAAAUUGCCAGUGAAAUUCUCUCCGAAAUGUAGAGUAAGGAUAUCAUUUCUAGAAAUCAUGUAACRAUGAGAGUUGUUUACAGUGUAAGGUUUGCUAAAGGAGUUUCUCUCAACAGUGAAAGAAUUUACAGCAUAAAAAAGUCAUCUACACAGACAUUUUUUUAGAUGGUGGAUUUUUAUCCAAACUAUUCAAAUGUCUUCUCAAGCACAAAUUAGUGUCUUGACAGUGAAAGAAUUUACAGCAUAAAGAAGUCAUCUAUACGGACAUUAUCCAAGAUGGUGUUAGACUGAAUGACAGAAGAAUGAUUAAAAUGUGACUCAAGGACAUUGCAACUCGAAAUUCCAAUUCAGCGAUUAAAAUAAAGUCUUGACAUGUGCAGUGUCCAGCUAGAACUGGGA